UGUCGCUGUCAUAGGCCCGAGCACCACUACAGGCACUCUGUUUGUUAUGCAAAUGGUAGGCUUGGUUGUUCGACACCUGCGUUCGUUGGUUUUCAUAGGCUAAGGCUUGAGCUCUGCUGUACAGGCACAUCGUUCGGUGAAAUGGUGUGCUUCGUCGGUCAUGUUCGCCUGAUGCCUGCCUCAUAAUAUGUUCAACACUGGUAAAAGGCAAAGUCAAUAUGAGAUCCUUCCCAAAUGUUAUCUUCCCUUUCCCCUUCCCUUCCCCGUAUCUUGUCACUCCGAGUCUGUGGUAUCGUCACGAUGCACUCCGUCCGUUUCUUUGUGGUCUGUGUGUAUGUCUCAUAUCUGUCUCGCUUUCUCUUGUGGAUAUUACACAAAGUCCUGCUUACAACGUUGGUACUAAUGGGGCCCGUAUCUCUCGAAGUCUCCCGUGAUUUUCGGGGCGUUCAAGACGUGGAUAAGUCAAGAAGUCUUGUUUGAAGGAAUUGUCCGUACUUUAGGAAUUAUUACGCUUCACUCCUGUUCUUUAUUGUACCCCAUGAAGAAUCUCUACUCCGCGAGACGUACGCAACCGUGCGAUCAAAACGGUACGAGCCUUCAUGGCCACGACGCAUGGCUUGCCAUGUCAAGGUCGUGGACCCG